AAGGAAUUUCUUCUUACUAGCUAGUCUAAAUCUACUCUCUUCCAGUUUAAAGUCAUUUCCCCUCAUGCUGUUAACUACAUACCCUUCUAUAAAGUCCCUCUCCAGCUUUCCUGUAGGUACAGGAAGACUGCUACAAGGUCUCCUUAGAGCCUUCUCCAGGCUGAAGAACCCCAACUCUCUCAGCCUCUCUUUGUACAGGAGGUGCUCUGAACCUCUGAUCAUCUUUGUGGCCCUUGAUAAACUUCAGAUUUCCUGCUUGGUAUUUUUGGUACACUACAUUCCUGUCUGUGCUGUAACUGUAGAUUUCAUGUGCAUUUUGAAGCAUAAAAGGCAGAGAAAAAAUGGAUAAAGAUAACACCAGCUUCAGGGCUGCAAAAUGACCAAGGUCCACCAAAACCUGGUGGAAUGAUUCCCGUGACUGGAGUAUGGCUAUCAACAGCUACAAACUGAUCAGAAGGGACAGGCAAGGAAAGAGGGUAGGGAGUGUUGUAAUCUACAUUGGGAAAGGAAUACAGUGUGAAGUUCUCUAAAGAACAGUCAUGAGCAAAUCGAAAAAAUACGGGUGACAGAGACUGAGGCAGCAGAGGCAUCCUUGUGAUCGGUGUCUCCUACAGGCCACCAGACUAGUCAGAGCCUGUUGAUGAGACCUUCUACCUCCAGCCUACAGGAGGCAUCCUGAUCGCAAUGGCUUGUCCUGCUGGGGGACUUCAACCAGCAAGACAUCAGCUGGAAAAGUAGCAUGGAGAGCUGUAGGCAAUCCAGGAGGCUCCUGGAAUGGACUGAGGAUAACUUCCUGAGCCAGGUAAUUGACGGUCCCACCAGGGGGGAUGCAGUACUGGACCUGCUGCUUGCCAAUGCAAAUGGACUGAUCGGUGACGUCAGGAUUGUAAGUUGCCUGGGCUGUAGUGACCAUGCUAUGGUUGAGUUCAUGCUCCAGAGGGAUAUGAAAUUGGCAAAGAGUAAAAUCAGGGUGCUAAAUUUUAGGAAAAUGAAAUUAGUCCUAAAUUGUCCUCAUGGGUAAGGGUGCAGAGCAGAGCUGGCAGACUUUUAAGGAAGUUUUCCUCAGGGCACAAGAGCUCUCCAUUCCCAAGUAUAGCAAGUCAGGAAAGGAAGGGAAGAGACUGGCAUGGCUGAACUGGGAGUUGCUGGUCAAACUGAAGAGCAAGACGAAAUUGCAGUGGCAAUGAAAACAGGGACAGGUACCCUGGGAAGAGUAUAAGGAAGCUGCUAGGCUGUGUAGGGAUGAGGUCAGGAAAGCCAAAGCCAAGUUUGAACUAAACUUGGCUAGGGAUGCCAAAAAGAACAAGAAGGGCUUCUGCAGGUCCCUCAGCCAAAAAACAAAAGUCCAGGAGGGCUUACUCCCCCAUAAUGAGUGACACAGGCAAGCUGCUAACAACAGACAAGGAGAAGGCUGUGCUGAGACUUGUCCUGGAAUACUGUGUUCAGUUGUAGAGUCCUCCAUAGAGGAGAUAUGUAGAAGUGUGUCCAGAGGAGGGCCACAAAAAUGAUCCGUGAGAUGGAACACUUCAGCUAUUUGGACAGGGUGAGAACAGCUUGGGCUCUUCAGCCUGGAGAAGACUCCACGGAGACCUGAUAGCAACUCUUCAAUAUCUACAGGUAGCUAUAAGAAGGCAACAGACUCUUUAGCAAGGUUAGUUGUGAUGGCACAAAGGGAAAUUAUUUCAGACUAAGACAGGGGAGAGUUAGAUCUGAUAUAAGAAAGUAUGUUUACACAAUUAAGGUGCUGAGGCAUUGGAGCAGGAUUCCCAAAGAGGUGGUGGAAGUUCUGUCCUUGGAGACGUUCCAGGUCAGACUGGACAGGGCUCUGAACGACUUGAUGUAGCUGUAGGUGUCCCCUUUUCAUUGCAGGGAGUUGGACUAGAUGACCUUUAAGGGUCCCUUCCAACUAAAAAGAUUCUAUGAUUCUGUAUAUAAAUAGCUUGUGAGUGUCUUCCAAGGCUUUCUCUGCAAUCUUCCGGCUUUAAGUAACAAUAACUACAUGGAUUAAGUCUUCUUCAGCAGUAUAAGGCUCAACAGCAGAUGUUGAUCCCUUUUAUGUUUCAAAGGAAAAUGUUCUGUGAUUCACAGAAAAUUUAUGAUUAAAAAUGAUAUGAGAAACCAUUUGUCAUUAUGAACCAUAAUGAACAUGUGUGCAGAUUUACUGAAAAGACACUGUGCAUUCUUCUCCCAGAAAAAGGAGAAAAUAUUUCCUUUGGUUACAAAAAAAAAAAAAAAAAGAGUAUAAAUCAAACAAAGACAAACCUACCUACUGAGGAUGGAUGGGAGAGACCCCACUGGAAGAGGGAACACUGGGGAAGAGCAAGGAGCAGCAGUAUGGAAAUCAUUGCUUUGCUGGACUUGUCAGGGCCAACAAGCGGUUUGCGGGCUCUCAAAAGUGAGAGCACAGCACAGAGCCCGCAAUUCAGUCCUUCCUGGUGAGAGGCAGAGGCUUCGUGUGGCCCUGCACAGGACCAGGUCUCGGUGUUGGGGCGGGCCGGCCAUGGCCCCGCUGUGCCACACCCCACUGUCCCUACAUCACAAACGUUGCCAUAGCAGCCAGCUGGUGACAUGGCAACUACAUCACAAAGGGGACAACCCCAAGUUCUGGGCAGAGCGAGGCUGGGUGCCACUUUGCCUGUGAGUUGCCUGGAGAGAGGAGCUUGACUGCUUGGCUCUCUUUGCACAUCACAGACAUGGCUGAUUUCUGGGGAAUUAGCUUUUUCCUCAGCCUGGAGGAUGACGAUAUCUUCUAUCCCAUCCUUGGGAUCAUGCUGAUCAUAUCAUUAUUUGUAUGCAUUAUGGCCUUGGGGAAGUGGAAGUGUGGGAGGACAAGGAGGUACAGCUGCAGUGGCAACACAGAGAAUCGCAGAGCUGCAGACCUCCACAGUGCUUCACAGUCCUCAAGGACACACAGUUCCCUGAUAUUGGAGAGGGAAGAUACACAAGAAAGACUCUGGAAGCUGGAAAGGAGACUUGAGGAAUUUCACAGAUACUUGGAAAUGUCAGUGAUGGAGGCGUUAGAGGACACCAAUGACCCACUCACUUCCGAUAAAGCAGUGGAUACCAGAUUAACACCAGAGAUGUCUCUGUCCUCUCGGAGUGACAACUCCCUCACUUCCAUCAUGGCGGCGGAAAAGUGGUGCUCUUCCAACAUGGCAGAGGGAGCCCGCAGUCCCUCAAAGGCCUCCCUGUCCUCUAGGAGCGAUAAGUCCCUCACUCCCGUCAAGGCAGUGGGAGCUGGGUGCUCUUCAAGGGACUCUCUGUCCUCCUGGAGUGACAGCUCCCUUGCUGCCUUUGUGGCAAUAGAACCUGACUGCUCUUUGAGAGCCUCUCUGCCCCCUUCCAGGAAAAGCUCCUGCACUUCUUCCAAAGCAGAUGAAGGCAGCUGCAUUUCACAGCUGACCCUCAGCACUCCUCUGCAUGGAUCAGAUUCGAGUCAUGCUGCCCUGCUUGACCUCAUGCUUUCUGAUGCUCUUGAGCCUCAAGAAGUCCAGGAGACCUUGGACUGUGUUGUCCCAGAAGGGAAACCAGAGGAGGAAGCGGGCCUGGCAAUACAUGGAGAAGGGACUUUGCAGGAAAAGUCUGCUCCUCAGAUGCCUCAGCAACUAUCAGAGCCCCAUGUGGAGGUGGAGCCCAGGGUGUGGAAGCCGUUGUUCCUGGAUGAGGCUGUGAAAAGGCAGCUGGAGAGGCACAUGAUAAAAAUACAGAUACAGCGGUGCUUUGGGCUACCAGAGAAGGUUCUGGCCUCCUACAAGAAGGCCUCAGAGACCAUCCCGGAGCUACAAGACUUCCUUCCUCCUCCACAGUGGCACACUGCACUGCCCUACCACUCGCCCUUCCAUUGCUGGGACAGGCAAGUUCGCACCAGGAAGAUGGCAGUGCGGCCCUGUAGGCCACAGCAAAAGUCCACAGCCCCUGUGAAAACAAGCACGCGAGGAACACAGACACCUGUCUGCUCUGUGCCAGCAGCUUUCAUGACAGUGGCAAAAGAGGUGCCUCGUGAAGAUCUGGAGAGAUCCCAGCAGAAAAGGAUAUGUAGGGGAACAGCAAGAAGUAGCAGCUCAGCCAGGAAGAAGACCCAGCCCGGCAGUUGCACAAAGGAGCAGGGCCCUUUGGCACAAGGGGGUGAUCCCGGUCCCUCCUUUUCCAUCCAGGAAGAGCAGACAGUGCCACAGAGCAAGGGAGCUCCUCAGGAAAAGGAAGAGCAGGACAAUGAGAACGCCACCAUGCCCAGCGGGGGCAACAUGGGGAUCCAGGAGCUGUCACAAGGCAGGACAGCUCCUUCAGGAAAUAAUUCCCCACAGAUAGAAGACAUUUUCAGUAAGGACACUCCCAGAGCUGUGCCACAACCUCUGAACCCUGCAGAGACCAGCCAGGAAGAAAGACCCAGCCUGGAAGAGAUAUUCAAAGCACUUAUAGACUUCUACAGGGUCAGCACAAUGACUGAAAACCAGCAGAACCAGCUGCUGGCUUCCUGGCUGGAGCAGUCCGGGGACGAUGUUGGGCACUCAAGGUCAGAGCCAGCAGCAGAGAGUCCCACUGCCACACUCUACAGAGCAGAGAACGAAAUGCAGAAGAGAAAGGGACUCGAGCAGUAUGGAGUCAGGGCCAGGAGGCUCUGCCCCAAGUGCAGCAAAGCCACCUGUGUGGAUGGGAGUGAAGACACCUGGACUUCAGCUUCAGUUGCAACUGCAGCGCCAGGCACAGGAGGAGACGAGGCAGUGGGAAAGAAGCAUCUAUCUGGGGAAGGGGCCAAAAGGGAGCAAGGUCAGAAUCAAAUUGCUGAUGCUGCCCAGCAGCCAGAGGGGCGCCGUGUCUACCGCUACCUGAUAACAAUCAGUACAGUCAAGCACAGGACGCUUCUGUUCCAGCAGGCCCCUACCAGGACCCCGCUGUCACAAACACAGUGGCUGCCCAAAUGUGAAUCAGAAACAGACAGGAGCCCAGCACCAUCUUUGCCAAGCUGCUGCUAUGGUUGUCUCACCCCUAUCCUCCUUUCCCUACAGAGGGCAUGGGCCAAGCUCCUAAGUGCAGGGAAAGCCCUAUGUUCCAAGAUAAGGAAGAAGUGAAGUAGGAGCCCCAAGAAAGAGGACCAGCCAUGGACAGCCCAGUCUCACCUUGGGAUAAGGGCAUAGCUCAAGACUCCUGGGGAAAGGCUGCAACCAUCUCAGGAGGCAAUAGGGAAGAACUUCAUGUAUUUGGGGCUGAGACCUUCUUAAUGGGAGUGACAGACAACAUCAAGACUUGGUGCCAGGCAAGCAUGGAGACAGCAAGGGACUGAAUGACAGUGGGAGGAGUCCUGGGCACCUGUGGACGCCGGCUCCUGCUGAUCAUGGGGUAGCACCAGCCUUUGAGGGACAUGGACCCAACGAGCAACAGAUCCCUGCCAGGACCACCAAGGAACAGGAGCUCUCCCAAUAAUAAAUACAUAAACAUCACUUAAAUACAUAAACAUCACUUAAAAUAUGCUCACUGAUGUCUCGUCUUUCCUGCCGAGGACCACAGUUGCCUACUCACUGCUCAUACCUCCUAGCAGGGGCAAGGUGGGCAGCUCUGCUGGUGCCUUUUGGAGGAGAGAAGAAAGAGGACUAGGUUGGCACUCCAGGUACUUGAGAGCAGGGAUGUGGGGCCUGCCUUCCACAUGAGGCUUGUAGAGGCAGCGAGAACUGCCCAGCUUGCUGGGGGCCUUUGCACAGUACUUCUGGUUUAGAAAUACUUCUGGUGUGAGAGCAGAGUGAGUCCUUCAGGACCAGUGGCAGGGAGAAAUGAGGGUGGGAGUCAGCCAUGAGACAGAGAAGGCAGAGGCAGCCAUGCCGUUAUUUUGCCUGCAGUAAGUUGGGCGGAGACCCUUGGAAUAGCAGACAGAGGCCUCUGUGGGCACUACCUCUCUUUUUUGCUGUGGGAUGG